AUGUUUUCGCCAUUGGCAUACCCCGAUGGCGCGAUGCUGUACGAUCUUAUAACACACGUGCCUCCAGCGUCGCAUUUGUCCCUAUCGCCAUUCGAUUUAUACCGCGAGCCGCUAGCUCUCAUUGCGCUGGCGGACGGGGAGGAGCUCCACGAUGAGACGUUUAGCAAGAGACACUCGGCUAGCGGCGCGGCGACCACGACUGAGAGAAAUGUUCGUGCUUUGUACCAGGAAUUAGAAGAGUUGAGAGAUAACUACCCGAAAGCACUGGUGCAUCGGGUCAUUGUCUUUGAUUACAAGCCUCCCGAGGGAGUGCACGUCCACAUGCCUGAUGAGGGUAUAGUUACCGUCCCACCGAGGGAGGAGCGGAAGCGGACGACUAUGAAGACGGUCAUGUGCGAUACCUCGUCUUUAGUGCUAGCGGAGAUGACAACAUUGGCCAAAUCGUUCGAGGCCAUGACUACUAUAGAGUCACCUGGACUGUAUUCCGCACGAAACAUGAAUGGGAAUGCGUGGGGCGGUAGUGGUGACGGAAGCCCAAGGACAAUGUCACGACGUAACUCGCAGUUUUCCCUUCCACAACAAUUAUCACGGUCAAGUUCGGUGUCAAGUGUUGCAGACAAGACGCAAGCGAGGAUGUCGAUGCCACCUAUGGCGUCGAGGUCCCCCAGUAAUGCGACAGUCCGACCAUCAACACCGCCACGGAGCGGGCUAUCAGCAACACCAAUGAGUCCUGACGGCGCUCUCAGUGGAUCUAGCACAGGACCUUCGAGUCCCGAGCAAAAGCCACAAAAGGCGGAUGCAGACAAGUCGCGUGAGGUCAGCAGAGACCGAGUUUCAGUACAAGGGUUUGGACCUGGUGGUGCCAAUGACCGGUGGCGGCUACGCGGUAAAGGACGGACUUCGGUGCUUAUUGGAUCCAUGUACUUGCAAGCAGGACGAUGGAGCGACUCCCUCAGAGAGUUAUCAGAAGGCGCAACGGCGGCGCGAUCUCUGAAUGACCAUAUUUGGCAUGGAAAGGCUCUUGAACUCAUACUCAUGAACCUCUUUCUUCUUGGCUGGUCGAAGCUUGAGUUCCAAAUACCUACCGUCUGCUUGCCAAACCAAGACCGGCCAACCAGCACUCCGGGAAUUUUGAAAACAGAUGGCGAUGGCGCUGACCCUUCACAACCCAAGCACAUACGACAUCUACAGAGCUUACUUCCCGAACUCCUCGAUAGGAUCUUGGGCUUGUAUUCUCGGAUAUCCAGUGAGAACCUACCGCCACUACCGCUAGCUGAGACGACAAUUCGAUUUUGCAAAAUAUUGUCUGCUGUACAUUUGAGCGGCGGCAGACUAGACCAGAAAGCGCUUGAAGUCAUUGUCACUGGUCAAGUACCGAGCCAGACUUUAACGACGUCUCCUCGACUUACUGUCACACCGUCGAGACAGCAGAUUGUGAAUACGCUUUUCAAGGCAUUCCCAUCUUCAAGCACGGAACUCCUCACCAUUGCCGACAGAACAUCCAUAUUGAGUGGAAUUGCGAAUGUCCUUGGACCAUUGGGAUAUCACCGAAAGAAGGCAAUGGUGAUUCGAGAGCUGGUAUCUGUUCUUAUUGCCGGUCUCGUGGAAGCUCGUACAAAGGGCGCCGCGGAGGCAGGUGUCCACCCUGCGGCUGGCUUGGUUUCUCUUGUUCCGGGAAGUGAGAAGACUAGCGCUGCUGGUGUUGCACUGGACCUUGGCGAAGGGGAUAUCGAACACGGCAUCGAAGCAUUCCUAGAACUGUUGUGCAAGUCUUACGGUGUGGUUGGCUUCGACGCGUGCAAGCAUGAGAACAACGAUUGCGGCUCUGAUGCCGGCACCGGCGCCGACGCCGACACCAUUGCAAGAGUUCUUGCGCAGUCGUCAAAACGAUUCUUUGGCUUUACUGAAAUCAAACUCAACAUUCUCCGGGCAUGUAUCAACUUUUCGGAAGCUCUACCAGAUUUCAAUGGUGUGCUCAAAUUCUCCAGCGAUUUGAUGCGAACUGCAGGUUCAGGCGUUGCCCCCGGUCCUAAGCGAGAAGACGCUGCGCCGCAUAUUCAUAAAGAAGAGCAGGUUCGCCUUGUAACCAAUAUAGCGCGGACAGCUGCGCUCACGGAAAGGAUUGGGCUAGGAGAUUUGGCCGCCGAGUACUGGGAUGAAUUUCUUGUUCGUGGCAUAAUGCUUGAGCCGCUACCGAAUACAAGAGCUCCUAUCCCACACGCAAAGAGUGUUCUUCCAGGAGCCAACCCGUCACGAGCUUCGCAAGAUGUCAAUCCGUUCAUCUACAACCCGUUCUUGAAAGAACCGGAUGAAGUAGCCGCAGAAAACCUGGUCGCUGGCGAAACGGCUACGUUCAAGGUAACACUACAGAACACAUAUGAUGUCGAGGUAGACAUCGAAAGUAUGCGACUCGACACUGAAGGCGUUGAUUUCGAGCCAGUUGCCCAAGAUGCCGUUCUGGGACCAUACCGAACACAGUUGGUACGACUGAAGGGGCGCCCGAAGGCCGCUGGCGCCAUAAAGAUCACUGGGGCUAUUAUCAAGGUCCGUGGCUGCCGGGAGCGUAGAUUUCCCAUUUUUGCUCGACACUGGACGCCGUCCCGAGCCGAAAAGAUUAAGACCAAAGGCCCACCUGCUCUAGAUGUCGGCGACGAGAAGAUUCCAGCCAAGCUAGAAACCAAGCUUUUGAGCCUAAACGUUGUCCAGGCUCAACCCUUGGUGGUUGUCAAGUCGACUAGUCUCGCACAGUCGUCUGUUAUGAUACUCGAGGGUGAAAGACAAGUAUUUACUGUAACAAUGCAAAACACAUCGACCACUACGCCCGUCGACUUUAUGCUGUUUUCGUUCAAGGAUUCCACGCAAGGCCCACUACAGACGGCACUGAGCAAUCGCGAUGCUACACCCGCAGAGCUCUACGAGUACGAGUUAAUUCUUAUGAAGAAGCAGGCAUUGAGACUGCCGAGAAACGACCAGAGUCGACAUAUACCACCUGGUGGAGAGGCGACAUUCGAGUUUGAGAUAUUGGGCAAACCAGGCUUGACGCAUGCUACCAUUCAAGCUGACUACACUUUUCUCGGAGUUCCGCGGGAUGAAAUUACUGAACAGUUUUACACCCGCCAGCUAUCGCUAGACUUGACCGUUACGGUGAACGCUAGCGUUGAACUUGCCCGCAUCGACGCUGUUGCCAUGCAGGGGCAUCUUCCACCCCCGUUAUUGGAGAGGCUUGGUGCUGAUGCGGAAAACACGCCUGCGGAUAAGUAUUGUCUACUAGCCGUAGAUUUACGCAAUGCUUGGCCAAGCCAAAUGUCGAUUCGUUUGGAAGGCGAAGAAGGAAUGGCGGUAGAGGAUAGCAUCCUCCCCGGAAAGACAAGCAGGGUCGUCAUGCCCGUCAAGCGGGUGUACCUCGAAGAUCCCCAUGAAUCGGUACCAAGCCUCAAUCCAUCACGCAACAGACAAUUUGUGGUUAGUACCAGCAAGAUAUCGCCAGACAUGGAACGUGCGAAUCGCGAGGCCUUUUGGUACCGUGAGAAGCUGCUUCAAAAUCUCAAGGCAACAUGGCGGACAACGUCAAUCCCCAAACGCCGUGGUGUGGUUGAACUACGCAGCAUUCGGCUGACGCCUCGAAUGAUUGAAGCCAUCAAGGUCGAUGAGGUGGACAUUAGUGUGUCCGUGGAGGGCGCUCCGGACAACACGGUGUAUGUGGAUGAGUUUCUGCAGCUAAAGGUCCAGGUCGUAAACAGAACAUCCAAACCCAUAACACCGCUCAUGAGGUUGAUGCCGGCGUUGUGCCAUCGGCCAUUAAACGUGGCUCUUGAUUACACGAGAAAAUUCGCUUGGAACGGUGCUUUGCAACAGCUGCUUCCAGAACUCCAGGGGCAUGACAGCACCGAAUUCGUCAUUGGAGUGACGGCGCUCUGUCGGGGCGAAUUCGAGAUUGCGGCAUCUGUGGAGGAAGUGCAGGUGCUUGAUACCAGGGUGAGAGAAGAAGGGGAGCCAAGUCGGCCGCGGUCUGAUACCCAAAAGCUGAUGGACGCUGCGCUGGGCGUCAAGGAUAGGAGAGUGUGGCAUUCGCGGCGAGCUUGCAUUUUGAGAGUGAAGGACCGAGUGUGA